AUGGGCUCAAGAAUAGGGAAGGCUGGCGCCUUGCUCCUGGCAGUCCUCGCCACGCUUGGGCUCGGCCAAGACCGCGGCGACGGCUACUACGGCUACCGGCUCGAGCAGCGCGGCGACCCAGAGUCAACCACGUACGAGACGGCAGACACGGUGCCAGGGGUGCCGCUGCCCAAGCAGCCGGACGUGUACCUAAACGCCAACGUGUCGGUGGGGGAGAUCAGCAUCGAGGUGGACAACAUCACGGCCAAGGUCAACCUGGACGCGCAGGUGCUGAAGCUGCUGCACUUCACGGCGGGCGUGGACGCGAGCAUCGACCGCGUCAGGCUGCUAAUCCAGAACGUGUCGGCCAAGGUCGAGCUCGAGGCGCGGCUAGGCAACGUGGUGGCCAUGGUGGACAACGUGCUGCACAGCAUCGACCUCAACCCCAUCCUGGCCACGCUGGGCCAGGACGUGUCCAAGAUAGUCAACUCGACGCUGAACACGCUGGGCGGGCCCGUCAACGGCAGCUCUGGAUCAGGCUCGGCCAACGCGAAGCGGUCCGAGCCGAGCUUCAGUCUCGAGCACAACGUGCUGUACAGCGUCAACGACUACACGGGCAAGACGCACACCAACCGGCGGCUGGCGCAGAACGGCACCAUCUUCGACGAGUUCCUCGACAACGACGGCACCGAGCACGGGCGCGCCGUCGUCGGCUACUACGCGCGCGACAUGGUCUUCAACGGCCACAACAAGACCAUCGCCGUCGACGGCCACGUCAGCGAGUUUGAGCUGCAGUACGAGUACAAGCCCUUCCCCGGCAUCGACGUGACCUGCUGGAUCUACCUCGACCCCGCCGGCAAGGUCACCCGCACCCAGGUCAUUGCCGAGGCCCAGGGCGGCGGCACCAGCACCAUCAGCAACGACUCCGAGCUGUGA